UGAUAAUUAUUGUGAUUUGAUACUUGAUCAAAUCUGAGCAAGGCAUCUCUCUUUGUUAUCAAAGUUGGGUCCAUCAGAGUUAUUAAACUUAAUUAGGUCCUUCUACAAUUCCAAAUGCAUGCCACCAUCUUUUAUCAGCCCUAUGCACUACUAUAUAUGUCAGGCUUGUAUCAUCACUUUCUUACACCAAUCAGCCCCUUCCCACAACCAACCUAAAACCCUUUCACAAUUGGCCUUCUUCUUCUCCUCCUCCAUGGAGCCUUGUUCUCAUUCAUCCAUCUCCGGCCACUCACCGGGAAACUACCACCUGGUCCUUGGGCACUACCCAUUAUUGGCAACCUCCACAUGUUGGGGAACCUUCCUCAGCGCAACCUCAGCCUCCUGGCCAAGAAGUAUGGUCCCAUCAUGUCUAUGCGCCUCAGCGAUGAGGAGGGAGGAGCUAGGGUUGAUGGUGCAAUCACUUAAAGAAAUGGGCGAGGCACGUCAGGUGGUUAACCUCAGUGACACGGUGAUUGAACUCAUUGAACACAUGACGCACAAAAUGGUUUUUGGGCAUAGCAAAAUUGAGAGAAUCCAGUUGAAAGCGCUUACACGAGGCGUUGAACUUGGCAGGAGCUUUCAGUAUAGCGGAUUACGUGCGCUUGCUAGGGGCUUAUGUGGCUCAUAUUGAGUAAAAGACAUAUGGAGAAAAAUGAGUAAAUGUUGAAGCAAAGGGAAGUGACGACAUUUGUCAUUCAAACUUGUAUUUUUAUUGUUGAAGGCGAACGAUAGGUUGGGAGGGUGCGAGGGGCAACGCCCUCCCACAGUACGGUUCAGGGGUAACUCUUUUUAUCUAUUCCAAUAUUGAAUUCUUGAGAUCCAUGCUAUUUAGGAGAUUCUUCAAUUCUUUGUAAUAAUGAGAAUUACUGAAAUUAUGUUAUGAAAUCGCAUCAAAUUAGUCAAAUAAAGUAAAUAAAAUAGGAGUCGAAAACACACUUUGAAUUGUCUUGAUUAUAUUCUAAUCCCACGUAAUACUUAUUAUUGAUAUGUAAUGCUUAUUAUACACUUCUAUGUUAUUGUUUGUCAACUAACUUCCUUGUUUUAUGGAAUCACUUAGCGUGCUGUUAAGGUACGUCUUCUUCUUAUUUUGAUUAUCAAUUUAUUAAAUGC